AUGCUGUGGGGGCUCUCGGCCCUGCCUCUGUUGUAUUUGGGGUUACUUUCUCCAGUUUUGGUUGCUAUCGAGACAACAGUGGUGGAAGACAGUCUAUGCAGUCCAGUCCCUUGUGUGUUUGAGUUUUCCAAGGCAUCUCCCAGGAAUCCCAUGACUGUGGGCUACAGGCUUAAUGAAAACAUCAACUUCCAUGUAGAUACCAGCCGGCCCAGAUCCCCCACAGGUGAUUUCUCCACAGAGGAGGUGGAAGACUGCAUCUUGCUGAGCCGUGAUGUGCUCAGAAGGGAGAACAUGACCUUCGUGCUCUAUGUAGGUCUAGAAGAUCAGAAAGACCUGACCCAAAAGCCAGAGCUUCACAUCCCAGAAUACAGUAUGGCUAGAGAGCCAAUGACUUUGACCUGUAUCAUCCAAGAUACCUGCCAAGAGCCCAAAGCCCUUUUUCUCUUCUGGAAGGGGCCUGCCAUGUCUUCCAACAUGCGUGUCUCCGUCAACCCCUCUUCAGAGCUGCCCAUUGCCCUGAAGCCUGAGGACCAGGACACUACCCUCAGAUGCUACUUAAAUCUAUCCCUAGAUAACCUGACCAGCAGGAAAGCGGUUAAGCUACAACUGGUCUCACCUGCUAGGCUACUCAACUAUUCCUGUUUGCUGAAGAGGACACUAGCAUGUAGUUGCUCCUUCCAUGGGAUCCCCACACCUUUUGUGCAGUGGUGGGUUGGAGGAACCCCUGUGAGUGUGAAUAGCAUAGAUUCCAUCUUGCACAUGACCUCCACCACACUGGAACCCUGGACCAACAGCACCAUCCACCUCAUGUGGGAACCAGAAAUCAUUAGGAGACUUCGCUGUGAAGGGAAGAACCAAUAUGGAGUCCAUGCUUCCAGAAUCUUCCUGAUACCAGAUAAAAGCUCCAUUGCCAGUGUCUUCCUGAGAGGGCUAAUCCAGGGCAUCGUGUAUGGGACCAUAGCAUCUUCUUUAUUCUUCUUCUUCCUUGUUGUACUAAUAAUGAAGAUGCUUAACUGGUGGGGGGAAAUUCAAGCUUGCAAGAACAGAGAGGCCCCAACCCUCAAGAAACCAGUUUCAGGAGGAGCCAAAACAGUUGAAAUCUGA